UAUUUUCACUCAAUCACUUUAGAACGCAUGGCAAAUAAAUUCAUCAAACUGAAAAAUUAUAUUUUUUAAAUAAUUGUUAUAUUUUUUAACGACGAAUUACACGACUUUUACGCGAAUAAAUAAAUAAAAAGAAACCGAGUUUAUAAAAGACAUUUUUUAUUCUCUAACCUAUAAAAAUAAUCACUAUAAUUUAGAAUCCACAUAAAAAUAAAAAUAUAACAAAAUGCCACCGAAAAAGGGCAAAGGUAAAGGUAAAAAGAAGAAAGAAGUCGUAGUGGAAAUACCGGAGCCACAAAUUCAGAUGUCUGAAAUUUCGCUGCGUGAUCGUGAAUUGGAUUUGUUGGAAGACUUGAAUGAUGACUUCUUCUCAGCAGCCAAUCAGACCAUACAAAAGCUCAUGGAAGCCAGUCGCGUGUAUGAGGCUUCGAAGAUGAAAAAAUAUGUGGAUAUAAUAUUCAAUUUACAUCGCUAUUAUGCCGAAGAGGUGAAGGAGACCUCUGUGUUGCGGCCACAAGUGAUACGCGCAGAGAACAAAUUGCGCUUGGCUUUGGAGCUGACCGCCAAUUCGGAAGAGGCAAUGGAACGUCUACGGGAGGCAUUGAGUAAGGCAUGGAUGGAGAGUGAUGCAUCGUUAUUGCGAGAGCAAGAUACACAGGAGCGUUUGCAGGAAGUUAUGAUCAAAUGCGAAGGACUAGAGAAUAAGGAAGUGAAGAAACAGGAUGAUACCUCAGAAUUUGGUCAUUUAGCGAAGUAUAAAAAUAUUAUUUUACGUGAACGCGAUCGUCUCAAUGGUGAAGUGAUCGAUUUAGAGAAGCGUUUGCAAUUUCAAAGAUACUACGCCGAAUCGCUCGAGUAUAUUAACAAGAACAACGAAGAGAGCAUGUCGAAAUUAAGCUCACAUUUGCGUAUGCUCGAAACGGAAAAGGGUAAUUUCGAAGUGAAAAUACGUAAUUUACAAAAUAAUCUGGACGAUCAGAAGGAGAUCAAUUCACGUACGGCGAUGAAAAUGGAUGGCAUAAAUCGCGAGUUAGCUGAGACACAAAAGAAACUAGCGAAGAAAAUAGCUGAUUACGACCAGCAGAAGCAUGUAUUGGAGAAACUGCGCAAUGAUAAUGCGAUUAAUACCAGACAACUUCUGAAAAAUGAUGAAGAAAUCAGUGAGCUACGCAAAGAUCAACGUGAAAAUGAUGAAGUAAUUCGAGCAUUGCGCUUGGAGGACAAAGUAAAAGCUAACACGAUCGCCCAAUUGACCAAUAAGUACAAGAAGACUUUGCAAGAUCACAGCUCUAUCUCAUCAAAGCUAUACAAAUUGAAUCGGUUGAAUCACUCGCUGGGCGAGGAUAUUUCACGUCUGAAAAACCAAAUCAAUGCGCUGGAGAAGGAUCUGCUCAAUUCCACUUACAAGUUCGAUGAGUUACGUCGUCUUAAAGAGAAUUUGCAACACGAGCGUGAAGCUUUGCGCAGUGAGAUCAUCAAAUUGAACAAUCAGAUCGCCGAUCUUAAACACACGAUCAUGAUGCAGACCAUCAAUAUCGAUGCACUGCAACUCGAUAUAAACAAGUUAAAUGUGAAACUCGAUGAAGCGCGCAUAAAUGUAUCGAAGUCGGAGAAAGAGCGCGACGAAAUGGCCCAAGAGGUAGAAACGCUGCAUGAGCGCAUCGAAUAUCAACAGGAACAAAUUCAGCUGAAAUCUAAUCAAGUGACGGAUCUAAGCGAGAAAUUACAACAGAAACAUAUUUCGUUGAUCAACGUCAAGAAACAAUUGGAAACGGCACACUCGGAGAAAAUGGUGCUCAGACGAAAUUUGGAAACAUGUACACAGGAGCGUGAUAACUUCCGUAUACUACAAAUGAAAACAAAUCAUCAAAUUCAACAACUCACUGCAGAAAUUAUGUCCAAUCAAAACAAGAUCACCAAUCUCAAUCUACAAAUAGAGCGUUUGAAUAACGAUAAAAAAGAGCUGCAGAGUGAGUUGAAAAACAAGGAGAAUCUAUUGGCGAAUGUACGUCGCGAAUUGCGUGAAAUGAAAACGAAAAAUGAGAAUCUACACAAGACGAUACACGAGGAUGAGUUGAAGUUCAUGAAAAUGUCAACGGAUCUCGAUGAGACGCGCAAAGAGAAGAAUCUGAUUGGUCUACAGAUGGUGCGACGCAACGAUGAGAUUGUAGUGCUGCGCGAUAAGCUCAACAAUACACAAACGGCGCUGGAUCAAGGUCAGACACAGUACAACCAACGCGUCGAAGAUAUACGCUUGUUGAAAAUGGAGAUAACCAAUUUGCAAACGGAACGUGACUGCUUGACGCGCGCCAUAAAGAGUACGGCUGAUAUGCGUGAAGAGAUCAUACGAUUGCAGCGCUCUUUGAAUCAGGAGCGCAUCAAAGUACGUUCGCUCACGGAGGACGCGAAGACGCCCACUGGCGUGCAUCGUUGGCGUAUACUCAAGGGAGAAGAUCCGAAUCGUUAUCAGUUGCUGGAGAAAGUGCAGAUGCUGCAAAGACGAAAUCUAAAGCAAGAGAUACAAAAAGAGAAGUUGCAGCAAAAGCUUGAAGAGUCUCAUCGUGUCUGUGACACCCUAAAACGUGUUGUGGAGAAUCUACCAACAACCGAUGUUAAACAAAAGCUUGUUGUAACGCAGCGCAUAAAUCGCUCACAACUGAAGAAAUUGAAAGCACUGAGCGCUGAACUCUCGAUCAAUCAAAUUGAGAUGAAAGCACGCGAAUGCAUCAUUGAUGAGUUUAAAGAGACGCUGAAGAAGACAAAGCAGCAACAAAACUGUGAAGAAGAAACCGUUACACAGCCCACACAAUCCGCUUUAUCGAGUGCCGUAGUGCCAUACGUCUAUUCAAGCCAAGAGAAUUAUAUGGACUGCAUAUUCUAUGAAACUAGCGACCCUAGUCAAGAGGAACUCAAGACUGGUUUGACUGUUUGAGAUGCCGAGUCCAUACCUUUUUUUUGUUUUUAAGUAGAAAUUUCAAUUUUUCAUGUGCUCAUUUUCAGAGAGGGAAUGACCUCCUCCUCUUACCUCGAAAAACAUACACAAAAUUUUCACACAGCAUAUUGUGACUAGCU